AUGGCGGAAGAGAGUGGUCCAACGUAUAUGAAGCACCGUGAGAGUCGCAAACCCCUGACGGUGGUGCUGAAGCUAGGCACAAGCUCCAUUGUUGAUGAGGAUACUCACCAACCCCUCUUAUCCAUUCUCAGUCUUAUUGUAGAGACGGCGGUGAAGUUGAGGAAAGAUGGCCAUAGAGUAGUCAUUGUCUCAUCCGGUGCCAUCGGCGUUGGUCUUCUUCGCAUGGAGAUGGACAAGCGGCCGAAGCACCUGUCAACACUGCAGGACUUGCAGGCGUUAGCGGCAAUCGGCCAAUGCAGGCUCAUCAGUCUAUGGGACGAUUUGUUCAGCCACUUCAGACAACCCGUCGCCCAGAUUCUACUCACUCGGAACGACAUUGCGGAUAGGACGCGGUAUCUCAAUGCCCAAAACACGUUCAACGAGCUUCUCGACCUGGGGGUCAUCCCCAUCGUCAACGAGAACGAUACCCUAGCGGUGUCGGAAAUCAAGUUCGGCGACAACGAUACCCUCUCCGCCAUCGCCGCCGGCAUGGUCCACGCAGACAUGCUGUUCCUCAUGACCGACGUGGAUUGUCUCUACGACAAGAACCCCAGAACCCACCCGGACGCUCAGGCCAUCGAGGUCGUCGAGGACAUCUCCAGCAUCCAGGCGGAUGUUUCAACAGCGGGCUCCUCCCUCGGCACCGGUGGCAUGAUGACCAAGAUCGUCGCCGCGAGACUAGCAACCUCGGCGGGCGUGACGACCGUCAUCACCCGCUCUUCCAACCCGGGCAACAUUGUCAAGAUCGUGCGCUACGUCCAGGCCCAGCAGCGGUCCUCCCCGCACCUCGACGCCACCGUCCACGAGGGCGACGACCACGACACCGACUACGAGCACCAUCACGACCACGCCGAAGACCCCAUGUCCCAGUCCACCGCCUCCCUGCGCCUCGACCAGUCCGUCGAGAGGCCGCCACUGCACACCCGCUUCCUCCCUUCCUCGGACCCGAUCCGCGAUCGCCACUUCUGGCUCAUCCACGGCCUCAAGCCCCACGGCACGCUGUACAUCGACUCCGGCGCCCACAGCGCCUUGUUGCGCAAGGCAGGACUGCUCCCCGCCGGCGUGCUUGACGUCGAGGGCAACUUCGCGCAGCAGGAGGCCGUCCGGCUCGUCGUCGUCGACCGGCUGCACGGCGCGAGCGCAACUCCUGGCGGCAAGCCAUGGGGCGGCACGCCCAUCGAGGUCGGCCGUGCGCUCGUCAAUUACGCCGCUCCGGAGAUCAUGCGCAUCAAGGGCCACCAGAGCUCGGACAUCGGAGGUCUGCUGGGGUACGCCGACAGCGAGUACGUCGCGGAGAGGCAGCAUAUCCGAAUCUUUAGCCGCGAGAGUCGGCCGGUAACGCCGAGCAUCGAGAAGGUCAAGGAGCAGAUUGUCGAGGAGGUGGUUUCGGGGAUCACGGGAUACGAACAGAAGCCAUGA